UACAGCCUGUUUAAACUAUAAAACUGUUUAUUUGCUCCGCAGUCGGAGCGCGAGAGGCGAUAAAGGCGGGUUUUCUGUUCAGGCAGUGUUUUAGUCGCCUUUGUGGGAAAGAUGGCGGCGUCCAGUAGAGCGCAGGUGCUGUCUCUGUACCGGAGUCUGCUGAAGGAGAGCAGGGCUUUCCCCUCCUAUAACUACAGGACUUACGCCCUGCGCAGGGUGCGUGAUGCAUUCAGAGAGAACCGGAGCGUGAAAGACCCGCAAGCUCUGGAGCUGCUCCUGAACAAGGCCCGUGACAGCCUGGCCAUCAUCCAGCGACAGGUGUCCGUAGGCAGGAUGUAUGAGACCCAGCGGACCGUGGUGGAGCCUGAACCAAAGUAGUGUGUCUGGUUCGGCAUGUAGUGCAGUGUGGUGGAAGUUUAAAGGUUUGGAGAUUGGAUAAGAACCCAGCCAUUCCAUUUAUCCACCAUCUCUCCAACACCGCUACAUCCACCGGGUGAUCUUUAGUAUAAAUCAGAUGCAGUGAUGAUCAGUCAGUGAAGGCUUAUUUUUAUAGUUUAUAUUUUCUUGGUACUCAGUUACUUCCUCUAUUACUCUCACCUCCACUGCUUACUGUCUUCCCAUAAUCCACACAGCCUGGGAGAGGAGCUAUAGCUCAGCUAACACACUGCACGGCCCUUUUAAACCUGUGAAACUGUAGAUAUAUAUGUAUUAUUUGUCUUAUUUCAUUAAAGAUAUAUUAAUAUCAUUCA